AUGGCCGUGAGGCUGGUGAACGGCACAGGCAGGUGCUCAGGCCGGGUGGAGGUUCUCAUCCAGGGCACAUGGGGAACCAUAUGUGAUGACCUCUGGGACCUGGCCGAGGCCACAGUGGUGUGUCACCAGCUGCAGUGUGGCCAGGCUGUGGCAGCCCCCACAGGGGCCCACUUUGGGGCAGGCUCCGGGAAGAUCCUGCUGGACGACGUGCAGUGUGCCGGCGCUGAGAGCCACCUGGGGCAGUGCGUGCACAGGGGUGAGGCCGGGCUCAACUGCGGGCACCUAGAGGACGCCAGCGUUAUCUGCGCAGGUGCUGACUCCACAGCUGCUCUGCCUACAGCCUAUGAGAACCUGCUUCCCACAUCAUUGGUGAUAUCAGCAGCUCAACACCCACCUUCUUCUGCACCUCCAGGAGGCGGGGCCCCCGUGCGGCUGGUAGGUGGCCAUGGGAGGUGCGCAGGCCGUGUGGAACUCUUCUACCAGGGAGUCUGGGGGACUGUGUGUGAUGACCUCUGGGACCUGCCAGAAGCAAACAUCAUCUGCAGGCAGCUGGGAUGUGGCUGGGCCAUGUCAGCCCCGGGUGAGGCCCACUUUGGGGAAGGUUCUGGGAAGAUCCUCCUUGACAACGUGCACUGCAGGGGAGACGAGCCGCGCCUGGAGGAGUGCUCCCAUAUCGGCUGGUUUUCCCACAACUGUGGGCACGAAGAAGAUGCCGGCGUGAUCUGUUCAGGGGAUUGGCCGGAGCUGAGGCUGGUGGGCGGCUCGGGACGCUGCUCAGGACGCGUAGAGGUCCUCCACCGGGAGGCCUGGGGCACCGUGUGUGAUGACCUCUGGGACCUGAACGAAGCCGAGGUCGUGUGCCGACAGCUGGGGUGUGGACGGGCUGUGUCCGCCCUGGGGAAGGCCCACUUCGGCCCGGGCUCUGGAAACAUCUUCCUGGACAACCUGCAGUGUUCCGGGGUAGAGCGCUACCUGGGCCAGUGUGCCCACUCGGGCUGGUCGGAGCACAACUGUGGCCACCACGAGGACGCCGGCGUCAUCUGCUCAGGUGCAUCCCUGAGACUGGUGAACGGCAGCCACAGGUGUGAGGGCCGGGUGGAGGUCUUCUACAAUGGCACCUGGGGCACUCUGUGCGAUGACAGCUGGGACCUGACAGACGUCAGGGUGGUAUGCCAGCAGCUUGGCUGUGGUGAGGCCUUAUCUGCCCCAGCUCAGAGCUACUUUGAUGGAGGCACUGGCCACAUCAUGCUAGACGACGUCCAGUGCACAGGGAACGAAGCCAAGGUGUGGCAGUGCACACACAACGGGUGGUUCUCCCACAACUGUGGGCACCAUGAGGAUGCCAGUGCCAUCUGCUCAGGUGUCGAUGGGAAUCCGAAAGUGGGACCAAAAGACUCCGCUGGUGAUGGUCCUGCUGCAGAUGAAAACUUCCACUGUGGCGGUUUGCUCACAAAUAAUUCGGGCUCCUUCUCCAGCCCUUGGUAUCCUAAGAAAUACCCUAUAAAUGUGGUGUGUGCCUGGGACAUCCACGUGGACGCCAGGGCUCAUGUCAAGCUCACAUUUGAGGUGUUGAAGUUGGAGAACUUCUACGGCUGUCCGUACGACUUCGUUGAAGUCUUUGACGGCCCACAGAGUGAAUCUUUUUCUCUGGGGAGGUUCUGUUCUGGUACAACCCCAACAAUCACCUCCUCCUUAAAUCGCUUGACGGUGGUCUUCCACAGUGACGCAAUCAUCACCAACAUGGGCUUUUAUGCAUCCUAUGAGUCCAUUGUGCAAGACGAGAUCAACACUGAUUUGGCCCUCAGGCUGGCCGGUGGCAGCCACCGGUGCGAGGGCCGCGUGGAGCUGCACUACAAUGGCACUUGGGGGACAGUGUGUGAUGACAGCUGGGACCUGCGUGACGCCCAGGUGGUGUGUGGGCAGCUGUCCUGUGGCAGGGCAGUGUCGGCCCCCAGCAGGGCAUAUUUCCGCCAAGGCCUGGGCCCCAUUGCCCUGGACGACGUGGAGUGUAGGGGGACAGAAGCCAGGCUGUGGCAGUGUCUGCACCGUGGCUGGUUCUCCCACAACUGUGGCCACCACGAAGAUGCCGGCGUCGUCUGCUCAGAUCCUCCCCUGGUGCGACUGGCGGCUGGGAGGAGCAGUUGCGACCGCCCUGUGGAGAUCCUCUACGAUGGUCCCUGGGGGGCAGUGUGUGACCACCUCUGGGGCCUGCCUGCUGCGCAGGUGGUGAGCCGGCAGCUGGGCUGCAGCCCGGCCCUGGUGGUCCUGAGGGGCAGUCUGUUCGGUGGCAGCUUGGGCCCCAUCUUCCUAGACACUGUGCAAUACCGGUCCCUGCGCUUGGCGGAUGGGCGCAGCCGCUGUGAGGGCCGGGUUGAGGUCCGCCACGAGGGCGUGUGGGGCACAGUGUGCGACGACCACUGGGACAUCAGGGAUGCUCAUGUCGUGUGCCGGCUGCUGGGUUGCGGCCGAGCUCUGGCAGCCCCAGGGCGCGGCCGCUUCGGCCCGGGCUCGGGGCCCAUCCUGCUGGACGACAUGCGCUGCUCGGGCACCGAAGACGCGCUGGACCACUGCGGCCACUCCGGCUGGGCGCGGCACAACUGCCGGCACCAGGAGGACGCGGGCGUGGUCUGCGCAGGUCCGGCUGCCUCUGCUGUACCCAAGGACAAGGCCCAGCUCUCCUGCCUGCCUCACCUCUUCCAAGUCGCCAUUGACCGAGGCUAUCUCCGGAGGCUGGGCUACUCCUCUUGGGACAUCCACUUAAAUGAUGAGCUGUGCCGCCCCCAAGUCACCGGGCGCUACCUGAUCUUCAACAUCCCCUACGGUCGCUGUGGCACCCUCAGACAGGAAAGGCUCGGCUCCCUCAGCUACUCCAGCUCCGUCAGAGGCCGAAUCCAGGGCCACCCCGGCCGAGUCUUCGUGAGGCAUAGGGUACCUCAGCUCAAGUUCACCUGCAGGGUGGACGGCCCGUCUGCAGCUGAAGUCACUCCUGGGGCUGAGGUCCCCAGGGAGAACGCUGGCUAUGACGUGUCCAUAUCCUUCCUUGAGUUGCCCACGUCCCAGCAUGUGAGGAGCCCGGGACCACACUACGCCAGCCUGAAGAAAGCGGUCUUCCUUCAGGCCACACUCCACAGCCCCAACCCCACCCUGAGGCUCUUCGUGGAUACCUGCGUGGCUUCUCCAGAUCCCCAUGAUUUUACGACCGUCAAGUACGAUUUGAUCCGGCGAGGGUGCAUCAAAGACAAUACCUAUAUCAACCUGCACUCCCAACAGAAGAACACAGCCCAGUUCAAGUUCAACACCUUCAACUUUCUGAGGAACUAUGAUGUGAUCUACCUGCAGUGUGAAGUCGCUGUGUGCAAAGUGGGGGACCACUCCUCCCGCUGCUCCCAGGGCUGUGUAGAACAGAGUAAGAGGGAUGCAGGCCAUGUGGUGACCCCAGAAGAACAGACUGAGCAUUUCCAAGUGGUGGGGCCACUGGAAAUCCACAGAGGGACUGGUCAGAGUAAGAACCUUAUGUGAUUUCUUCACUUUUCACACAAAUCUGUUAUUAGAAAGAAAAGCCUAUUUCCCUGAAUAAAGUGAUAAGUUUGACAAACCAGAAGCUGCCCAUGGAGCCACAGGUAAAAGAAACAGCUAAGGAGGUUUUCUCUGAGUUUCGAUGCUACAUAAACCUUCUCUAAUUUUUAAACUUGUAAAGCAGU